AAAUAUAUGUGUGAGCACGGACUUAUGUGUGAGCACGGGCUUAUGCGCGAGUGAGUGGAAAUAUAGAUAAUCAUGGCGUAAUUUCACAAAUUGUAGAGUAGGAUCUGUCAGUUGUGAACGCGAUAAAAAAUUACUCAUCAAGCUUCGGCGAUUGGAGUUAGUCAUCUGAAAGAAGAGAAAGAAGCUUGGGUGGAGAUUAGGAAUAACCUAAUUCUCGAGUAAUACAUCUCGAAUAUCGUCUUCGGGAUCGACAAAGAUAUUUCAAACAAACGGUCAACAUGUUUUCGAGCGGUCCUAACUACACAAAAUUGAAGACGAACUUGAGAUUGGCGAUAAACAGGUUAAAACUAUUGGAGAAGAAAAAAACGGAAUUGGCCCAAAAGGCCAGAAAAGAAAUAGCAGAUUAUAUCGGAGCUGGAAAAGUUGAGAGGGCGAAAAUAAGAGUCGAACAUAUUAUUCGGGAAGAUUAUAUGGUUGAGGCUAUGGAAUUACUUGAAAUGUAUUGCGAUCUACUUCUGGCUCGCUUUGGUCUCAUCCAGCAAAUGAAAAAUCUAGAUGAGGGGUUGGCAGAGGCGAUAUCAACGAUUAUUUGGGCAGCCCCUCGAAUUCAAACCGAUGUCCAAGAGAUGAAAGUAAUAGCAGAUAUUUUGACAGCCAAGUAUGGACGUCAGUACACUGAUGCUUGCAGAGAAGAAGCAGUGCAGUCGAUAUCAGAGAAAUUGAAACACAAAAUGAGUGUACAAUCACCGUCAAAAUUGUUGGUAGAAAAAUACUUGAUUGAAAUUGCCAACAAUUACAAUGUCGCGUACGAGCCAGAUCCUCAAGUUAUGGCUGAAGGACAAGACGCUCUUUUAAUCGACAUAGGAAACAAUGCGGGUGAAUUGCCCAACAACUUAGACUUAGCCUCUGGAGGCUACCAUCCACCACAACCUGUUGGCUUCGUGGGAUAUCCUCAACCACCAAUUUUGCCCAAUCCUGAGGGUAGCAACAACCCAUCGGUAAAUCAAAAUGAUAAUCCUCCGGUAGGAUUCGUAUCACCUGUGGCCCCACCUGCAACAGAUAAGGAUCAAAACACAGCAUUCAAUCCAGCUGCCUUCUCUUACAACAUCCCUCUGGAUAACAGCAAUAAACAUCACCCAAGCCACGAGGAUCUGCCACCUCCUUACGGCUCAUUUCCACCAGAUUUAAAUAAGCAGUCUGAUCAAAAACCAAAACCUCAACCACGGUCAAAGAUGCCGAUGAACGACUUUAAACUACCUGAUUUACCAGUUGUUCCAACGGAGAAUGAUCAGCCUCCAGGUUCCUCUAAUGAUGACAUAGAUUUCGAUGAUUUAACAAAGAGGUUUGAAGAAUUGAAAAAACGAAAGUAACGAAACGAAGGCAGGUUUUCAGAUAACUGAAAAAUAUAUUUGUCAGUACACAACAGUACUCUGCUUAAUUUAAAAAGAAGUCACUUAUUUCUACAUCAUGUGCACAUAUUUAUUCCAAGAUUGGACAGUUAUUUUGCAAAAAUGUUAUAUUCUCAAUCUUCAUUUGAAGCACUAUCACGCUUACAAAUUGUUCAACUAUUGCUGCUAUUUUUUCAUUAAAAGAAAGAAUAUAAUCAAAUAUAAAAAAGAAAAAUUAUUACUUUACACGUUUAAGGUUUUUACAGGUGACGUUUGGAGGGUCAAUUUUGUAGAAUGUAGAACACCCAAAUCCUAGAAACUUGACACCCAGCAUUAUUAAAUUUGAACACCUUGAAGUCCAAGUUUUAGUUUCAAUUUCCAAUAAAAACAAUUCCGAAUCAUUAAAUUAAUUUACAUGCAAUGUAGGAAAAAUUGAUCAAACUUGUCAAACUAAUUUGUUACCAUAGUUAAGCGAUUUGGCGAGUGCUUGAUAUUUUACGAAUGUUACUAUAUGAUUAAACAUUUUAUUAUAAUAAACAUUCAUCUGUAAUGUGAAUUAGUCACUUCAGGGCUGUACAAAAUAUUGUGCGCUAGAUUAUUAUAUAUGUAUAUGCUAAAAUUGUAUGAUAAUAAUGAUAAAUAACCAUCACUUCCAGUCCCGCCAUACCUUGUAGAAUAUGUCCCCAUAAGUGGAUAGCUUGUGCGGUGGAGGGGGAAAUGGGUCCAUGAACAUCAUUGUGCGUCUAUAGCUAUCUUAACCCUUUCAGUCACAGUGGGAAGCUCAGCGUCCCACAUCAAGAAUCCCCAUGUCUUAGCCUUAGCACAGUUUAUUUACAACUUCGAAUAAUCUUUGUUACUUCGUAUAACCCCAAAAACUUCCGACUAACAAGUUUCGGCGAGAAUCAUGGAACUUUGAUAUUUUUUUUUGAUUUUACAACCGCCAUCUUGCAAGUCUUGUAACCCCGUACACCCACCAUAUUGAAGUUAGUAACAUUAUUGUAACGAUUCAUGUUAAUUCGGCUUGUCUGAAAUUCAGUAAACCGUAACAAAAAAAAUUCAUAUUUCGUUAUCAAGGUUCCUUUAAAAUCAUCAUAAAAUUAAGAAAACAGCGAUUUGUCCUGAAUGCUCCGUUACGAUAACGUUACUAACCUCGUAAAAACCCCCGAGUAAUAAAAUUCAGCCCUAAAUAUUGAGGUGAAUAAUGUGUGACUGAAAGGGUUCAGGGAUAACACCACUCUAGGAUUAGGGAAAUUUGAUUUUUUUCGGUUUAAACAAUACUUCAAGGUCAUAAAAACAAUAUCUAGUUGUCACAGAGUGAAAAGAAACUUUUGAAAGGUUCAAUUCUCGAUUUUGCCACAGUGCCUCGAAGCGCGCGCUGAGUGCUCGUACAACACACAUUUUUCUCGAAAUCACUUUUUUUAACUAGGAAAACAGAUUAUUUGAACACUGUUGCAUGGAUCAAUUUAAAAUUUUGACAGUAGCUUCACAAUUACAUUCUCUAUGGAAGUGCGUAGCCAUAUUUUUUUAACAAUUUACUCCUUAUUUUUUGGCCAAAAACCGACUCUUUUUUUUUCAAAACUGCAUCAUUUCUGCAAAACUUGAUUCAAAAGAAAAAAAUCUAUGCACUUCAAUAGGCAAUAGUGUAUAGAUUAAAAAAUUGGUAAAUUUUGUGCCAGAUCUUAUAGUUUACGAGAAAUCCGUCUUUCCGCGAAGGAGUUUUAAAUAAAGGUGAUUUCAAAGAUUGGCUCUGUCACCAACAUUUUGCAUCAAAAUAGUAAUAAACAUUUUUAUUUUCAUAUUUCGAUAUGUGUCAAAUAAACCCUAUGAAAAAAAUUACAUUCCUAUUUCCAUACUCUCAAAAUAAAUCGUCAAAGUUGGGCCUUUUUCCCCCCGUUAGAGUGGUGUUACUCCCUAAGAUAUUCACUAGAAACGCCCACAUUCCAUAGGGGACAGGGAAAACUGUAGAAACCUUUGCUCAGUUGUAGCCGGAUCGAGUUCAAACCUCAGUUCGCCAUUUCGGCAUCCAAAUGACGUAACCUGUCUUACAAUUUUUGUGAGUUGUCGCUCAAGUUCUCACCGACGUGCUGGGGCUUUGAGCUCAGGAUCUCCUCCUGUUCCAUAGUCACGCACGCUACGCGUAACGCUACUAUGGUCGGUGUAUACAUAAAUAUAUGUAUAUAUAUAUUUUUUUAUAUAUAUAUUUAACCAAAAUUUAGAUGAGGUUGGCAUUUUCAAUAUUCAUGCUGAAAUAUUAAAUAACAUACACACUUUGAAGUUUCAAUAAAACGACUCGUAUUUUAUGCCAUUA